UCACUUCAAAAAAAUUUCGUCAUUCUUCUCAGGAUCCAAUACAUAUAUUUAAGAUCCGGUAAAAUAAUCUUCAUCCAAAUAAUCGGUUAAUCAUUUUGUGUAAGAAAAUAUGGGAAACUGUUGCAAAGCAGCUUCAUCAAUGGAGUGGGGUGGAGAAGACUGGGAAUCUUUGAAGCAGCUAAAGCCAUGUUCAUCAUCAUCAAGUAAGGUAUUUGACGAAGCUGCUUAUCUUGAUCAUCAUAAGAAUAAGGAGACUGAUGUAUUAGGAAAGCUUAGAGCUUCUUGUGAUGCAAAUGGUAAAGUCACGUUGAAGAUUUCAAAGUGCGAAUUAGCUCAAUUAUUGGGAGCUAUACAACAGAAUAGUAAUCAGCGGACUCAGAAGCAGAGGAAGAAAACGAAGGAAUCAGCUUCAGCAGAAGAAGUUCUGUUUCGGUUAAUAAAAGCUAGAGAGCAUGAAACUGCAAAUAAGCAUCACUGCAGUAGUCACUGGAAACCGCUGUUAGACACUAUUUCAGAAUGUUAAUUACUAUAGCUAUGUUUAUUGUUUAGCUAUUCCUAUAGGCUAUAGCCAUGAACACUUUAGUUCCUUCUGUAAUCUCCUCUAUAAUUAUCUAAGUCAACAGAUAAUUAGUUUUUAUAACAAAUUUCAUUGAAUUAUUUUUUUUUUAUGCUCAAUUGUGUUGACCUACCAUUAGCAAGAUGUUUCAAAUGCAAAAUUUUCUUAUUAUUAUUGGUUAUAUACCGGUAGAAGUUAAAGAUUGGCUGGUUUAGAAAA